AUGGCUACAACAGCAACUCAGAUAAAACGACCCGCGCUCGGUGGUGCAGCUAAAAAACGAGCUGCCGGUUCUCGAUCCGAUUUAACUGAAGAACAAAAAGGAGAAAUUCGCGAAGCUUUCGAUUUAUUCGAUGCUGACGGCACAGGAAGCAUUGAUGUUAAAGAACUUAAAGUUGCAAUGCGUGCAUUAGGUUUCGAACCUAAAAAAGAAGAAAUAAAAAAAAUGUUAGCUGAUAUUCAAAAAGAAAAUGCUGGUACGAUUGAUUUCAAUGAUUUCCUUCAAUUAAUGUCUCAAAGAAUGGCAGAAAAAGAUUCGAAAGAAGAAAUUUUAAAAGCAUUUCGACUUUUUGAUGAUGAUAGUACAGGAAGAAUUUCAUUUAAAAAUUUAAAACGUGUCGCAAAAGAAUUAGGUGAAAAUUUAACCGAAGAAGAAUUACAAGAAAUGAUUGACGAAGCGGAUCGUGAUGGAGAUGGGGAAAUAAACGAGCAAGAAUUUUUACGAAUCAUGAAAAAAACGUCAUUAUAUUAA